AAAUAGAAAUAGAAUCAGUGCGGCCAUUAUUUUUAUGAAUAAGAAUUUGUCACCUGGCCUUAAAAAAACCAAAGAGAUUUUGGAUGGCUUAAUUUGUUUCAUCAAAGUUCAUAGAUUUGAAUGUUGAACAAGAAUUUUCAUCGAUACGCUAAUUAAAAGAGAAACAAGGUUGAUGAUUGUUUUGGAUGAAUUGAAAUAAUUAGUUUAUGGUGAUGGAUCACGAGAGGGACCUGGAGACAGAGGGGUUGAUGGCGAUGGGGAACGAUGGCAGAGAAGAUAGGACAGAAAGGGAGGGGCUGAGCCUGAGCCUGAGCCUCAGAGAUCCUCUGCUUGUCAAGAAUAACAGGAUGAACACCACUUCCCAACUUGCCAUUGUCGGAGCCAAUGUUUGUCCUAUUGAAAGUCUUGACUACGAGAUCAUUGAGAAUGAUCUUUUCAAGCAAGACUGGAGAUCUAGAGCAAAGCCUGAGAUAGGGCAGUAUAUUAUCCUAAAGUGGACCUUUGCACUUCUUAUUGGUUUAGGCACCGGGCUUGUUGCUUUUUUUAAUAACAUUGGAGUUGAGAAUAUUGCUGGUUUCAAGCUUCUACUCACCAACAAUCUCAUGCUCGAGCAAAAGUAUAAGCAGGCCUUUGCGGUGUAUGUUGGCUGUAACAUGGUUUUAGCCAUUGCUGCUGGAGUCCUCUGUGCCUACAUAUCCCCUGCAGCAGCCGGGUCUGGCAUACCUGAGGUCAAGGCAUACCUCAACGGUGUAGAUGCUCCUUCUAUAUUGGCCCCUAGUACCCUCUUUGUAAAGAUAUUCGGUUCAAUUUUCGGGGUUGCGGCUGGUUUUACUGUGGGCAAGGAAGGACCUAUGGUACACACUGGUGCUUGCAUAGGUAAUUUACUUGGACAAGGUGGUUCUCGAAAAUAUGGACUGACCUGGAAAUGGCUGAGACAUUUUAAAAAUGACCGCGACCGAAGGGAUUUGGUGACCUGCGGUGCAGCUGCGGGCGUUGCCGGUGCCUUCCGUGCCCCAGUUGGUGGUGUCCUUUUUGCACUUGAAGAAGCAGCUUCUUGGUGGAGGAGUGCUCUUCUUUGGCGAACAUUUUUCACUACAGCUGUGGUAGCUGUAGUGCUAAGAGGUUUCAUUGGAUUUUGCCGUGCUGGAAAAUGUGGUCUUUUUGGGGAAGGAGGUUUGAUCAUGUUUGAUGUUAAUUCAGUAACGCCUGCAUACAGCAUACCUGACCUCUUGGUAGUUAUAUUACUUGGAGUAAUUGGAGGUCUUCUUGGAAGUCUCUACAAUUACCUUGUCGAUAAGGUCCUUCGCACUUAUGCCAUCAUAAAUGAGAAAGGCCCAAUUUGCAAAGUUUUACUUGUCAUGGUUAUCUCCUUAUUGACCUCUUGCUGUUCAUUUGGACUUCCAUGGCUAUCAAAGUGCAUCCCUUGUCCUCCUCAUUUGGGGGAUGAUCAGUGCCCAACUGGAGGUCGCUCUGGACACUACAAGAAUUUUCAGUGUCCACCUAAUCACUACAAUGACCUUGCUUCUCUUUUUUUCACUACUAACGACGAUGCUAUUCGCAACCUGUUUGUUGCUGGCUCUGACAAGAGAUUUCUGCUCUCUAGUCUUGUGAUUUUCUUUGUGGCCAUAUACUUUCUUGGAAUCAUCACUUAUGGCAUUGCUAUUCCCUCUGGCCUCUUUAUUCCAGUCAUACUUGCUGGGGCUUCUUAUGGCCGCGUUGCCGGAAGUCUUUUAAGUCCGUUUAGUGUUCUUGAUGUGGGUUUGUUUGCUCUCCUUGGCGCUGCAUCCUUCCUUGGUGGCACCAUGAGAAUGACUGUUUCACUUUGUGUCAUACUUCUUGAACUUACUAAUAACCUGCUCAUGCUCCCUUUAGUCAUGUUGGUUCUCCUUAUUUCAAAGUCUGUGGCUGAUUGUUUUAACAAAGGUGUUUAUGAUCAGAUUGUGGAAAUGAAGGGGUUGCCUUAUAUGGAAGCACAUGCAGAACCAUAUCUGAGGCAACUAGUUGCAAGUGAUGUUGUUUCAGGUCCCUUGUUUACAUUUUCUGGGAUUGAAAAAGUGGGGAAUAUUGUGCAUACUUUAAAGGUCACACGACAUAAUGGAUUUCCUGUAAUUGAUGAGCCUCCUGUGUCAGAUGCUCCUGAGUUGUGUGGGUUGGUUUUGAGGUCUCAUCUGCUCGUGCUUCUUAAACACAAGACAUUUACAAAGCAAAGGAUGAUCAUGAAUGACAAUGGACCCUCCAAGUUAAAGGCACAUGAUUUUGCAAAGCCAGGUUCAGGCAAGGGGAUCGAGGUGGAUGAUUUAGACAUUUCUGUGGAGGAGAUGGAAAUGUAUGUUGAUCUCCAUCCCAUUACUAACAGGUCACCAUAUACAGUUGUUGAAACAAUGUCUCUAGCUAAAGCUGCUCUUCUUUUCCGCGACCUUGCCCUCAGGCACUUGUUAGUGGUUCCAAAGACACCAGGAAGGCCUCCGAUUGUGGGGAUCCUAACAAGGCACGAUUUCAUGCCUGAGCAUGUUUUGGGAUUAUACCCUCACUGCAGCUCAAGCUAGAAGUGGUAUCAAGCAGAUAUUAUGGUGACAUCAAAUCCUAUCCACUACUGUAAAGUAAAAUGGAGUGCCUUUUAAUUUGUUACCUGUACUAGUCAAUAUCUUCACCAGAAUCACCUUUUGAAACUUGUAUUUCAUCUUCUUCCAUUUCUUCUUAUCUUUUACAAGAUGCUUGCAGAAUUCGAAUCUUUCGGCAGGGAAAAAACUUAAUCAAGUUGUGACAGAUAUGAAAAAUGUCACACACACUUAGAUAGGUAUCUGUACGUGUACAAUUUUUAUUUUUAUAACAUGGAGUUUUAUCUUGUCCUUUUUAUUCAUGUACUCUUAAGAGGGAUGCUAUUAGACCAAAUUUACUCACGAAUUGAGUGAUAUGAGUUUUUUACUUUAGGAAUUGAUUACCAUGCAUGGGAGAAGUGGUUUUGUGGUUCUUUAAUACAAAUAGAAAUACAUUCUCUGUGAGGUAUAUAUUUUCAAU